AUUUUUCGUUAAUUUUUCCCAAUUUAAAGGCGCGGAGCUCAGAAGAAAGUCUGCUAUACAAAGUCUUCAACUUGAACCAUCCACACAGAUACAGUGGAAUUUAAUUUCUGGUACAAGAGGAAAGCAGAGGAAUUCAGAAAUUCGAACAACAAGCUCUUUUCACCGAUACCCACUUGCUCUCCUACAGUCUUGAGCUCCUUCUUUCGUCAGUUUCUGAGUGCCUACCAAGUGUUUGAAUAAAUGCCGGAACGACGGUUUCGCGUCACUACUGUUGCGCCGCUUCAGAUGAUGCUGAAGCUCGCGGGAUCGUGAUUGCAUACGGGGUUGGUGCACCCAAGAGCUUGCUAGCUGAGAAAGACGUUAAGAAAGUUUUUGAGCACCAGCCUGUGGCUCCAAAAGAGGAAGGCUUGACCAUACAAUAGCGGAAGAUUUUACCAAAUAUGUUCCCUCUUGAUUUCCCCGCUUGCGUAAGAAGAGUAAUUGUCUUUUGAAUGAAGAACGAUCACAAUGGACCACAGACUGCUGAAGAUCAUGCAAGACUGCAAGUCUCUCAAAGAACUGAAACAAACCCAUCUUCAGAUUUUUGUCCAUGGACUCCAACAUACUAGCUUUUUGCUUCCCAAGCUCCUCACUCUCUCCUCAGAACUGGGUUCUCUUCAUUAUGCCUAUUCUAUUUUUCAAAGUUCUUGUUGUCCCAAUGUUGUCGCGUACAAUACAUUGAUAAAAUGCUGUAUAGGAAAGAAUCGUAUGGAUGUGUUGCGAGUGUAUAAUCAAAUGAAGGCGUCUAGGAUUGCGCCAAACAGUUUCACUUUCACUUCUCUUCUUAGGGGCUGUGAAUCUUUUGCGGCCCUUGAAGAUGGCACAACGGUUCAUGCUGACAUUGUCAAAAUGGGUUUUGGCUCUAGUGUGUUUGUUCAGAAUACCCUUUUGGAUUUCUAUGCUAAAUGCGGAGUGGGGUUGGAUUUGGCUUCCCACGUGUUUGGUGAAAUGCCUGAAAGAGAUGUGAUUUCAUGGAAUACUAUGAUUGCUGCUUACAUGGCAUGUGGUGAGAUAGAACCUGCUAUGCGGUUGUUUCAUUCAAUGCAAGAGAGGAGCAUUGUGACGUGGAACUCUGUUGUUUCUGGUCUUUCCAAAGCUGGAAAUAUGGAAUUAGCUCAUUCAGUUUUUGAGAGGAUGCCAGAAAGAAAUGAAGUUUCGUGGAAUUCAUUGAUAACUGCGUAUAUUCGGUUGGGUGAUGUCAAGUCUGCACAGUGUAUAUUUGAACAGAUGCCCCAGAAAACAGUAGUUUCUUGGACGGCCAUGAUAUCAGGGUACACGGCUAUUGGAGAUCUUGAAUCAGCGAUGAACUUAUUCAAUAAGAUGCCAUUUAAAAAUGUUGUGUCAUGGAAUGCUAUGAUUGCAGGUUAUGUUCAUAACCACAUGUUUGAUCAAGCACUUUUUGUGUUCCGCCAGAUGUUGAUAGACGGAAAGUGCAGCCCGGAUCAGAGUACUUUGAUCAGCAUACUAUCUGCAUGCACUCACUUGGGCUCUCUAGAACAUGGAAAAUGGAUUGAAUCCUAUAUUGAGAGAAACAUGUUGGAUUUGUCUAUCCCCUUGGGCAAUGCACUAAUAGACAUGUUUGCAAAGUGUGGAGAUGUAGAAAGUGCAAAAGCAGUUUUUAAAAAGAUGGCUAAAAGAUGUAUAAUUACAUGGACAACAAUGGUUUCAGGUCUUGCUAUUAAUGGGUUGUGUAGAGAAGCCAUAUUUCUCUUCGAUACUAUGUGUUUAGAAGGAACAAAACCAGAUGAUGUCAUUUUCAUUGCUGUUCUGUCAGCUUGCACUCAUGGAGGGUUGGUGGAAGAGGGCAAAAGAAUAUUUAACCAGAUGGAACAAGAGUUGAAUAUCAAACCCCGAAUAGAGCACUAUGGUUGCAUGGUUGAUCUUCUAGGUCGGGCCGGGAAGUUGGAAGAAGCAGUCAGGUUCUUAGAAAGCAUGCAUUUGAAGCCAAAUGCGGUCAUUUGGGGAAGUCUACUCGGUUCCUGUAAGAUUCAUGGAAAUGGAGAUCUGUUAGAGUCUCUAACCAGACGGAUUAUGGAGCAGGAGCCUGCAAACCCCAGCUAUUUAACUCUAAUAUCAAAUUUGAGUGCAUCAAUUGGACAAUGGAAAGAUGUGCUGACCUAUCGGUUAGCAAUGAGACAGCAGGGAAUAGAGAAAGUUCCUGGUUGUAGCUCAAUCCAAUUGGGUAACAAGAUCCAUGAGUUUCUAGCCUAUGAUACAAGGCAUGAGCAAAGAAAGGAACUGUAUGGAGUUUUAAGUAGUUUAAAUGAACACUUGGUAGCAGUAUCCAAUGGAUUAUGAAUAUAUGACGGUCUUUUGCCCUAUGGUCACAUCUAUUCUGAUGCUACGGGAAGAAGGGAAUGAUAAAUCAGCAGUAGUUUUCCAUGAAGUCCCUGAGCAUUUCUAUCCCAACCUGCUAAGGGUGAUGAGGUACUUUGGGUCCUGGGUACUUCAAACUCAAAGAUAAUCUCAGAAAAACACAUUCUGCAGGACAUCUACCUCGUGAGACAAAGCAAGAGAAAAGGUAUAGGCAAACAUGGCUUCAUGGAAGAUGGGUCGAAACUCAGAAACAUUUUCAGGCAAGCAUGGCUGUUACAACGGAAUUAUUUUGUUUAAGUUAAAAUGUUGUCACACAGAUCAGUUAUAUCCGAUCGAUAUUAUUCUUCAAUGCAUAAUGUGUUGCUCUCU